AAAAUGCGAACUUAGAAAAAGAAAGUAUUUGAGAGCUAAAAUUGUGUGCUCAACAUAGAAAAAGCAGACGCCAGUUUUGCGCUUUUUGGCCACGGGAGCACAUCAGUCAAACGUGGCCAGGGAUAAAUAUGUCAAUAUCGGAAGUAGCACCUUUGGCAAAGUGCUCCGCGAUGUGAUUCCCAUAAUGCAGGACAAACUGUGCACGGAUUCAAUCAGCCUGGAGAUAAGCAAAGAGCAGUUGAAACAAUCCCGCGAUUAUUUCAUGUGGUAACAUCAGCUGUCCCAAAUUGUUGCCUGUUUGGAUGGACCGCAAGUGAGGAUUGUGAAACCAGCGCAGGAGGAAUUUGUCUACCUCAACACAAAGAAUUACUUUAGCCUCAAUGCGAUGCUGGUUGGUUUCGAGUUUAGGGCGAUUUAUUUUAACUGUCGGCUCCAACAGAAAACAGUUCUGCUAAGAAUAUCGAGAAAGUUAAAUAUGAACUCCCUGACAUUAUUUUGUUAUAUUUAAAGUAGAACCAUAAACUGAACAAUCAGAGAUUAUUUACUCCUGAAUAUAAUUAAAUUGCAGUAUUUAAAAGGGGAAUUUCCUGGUCUAAAGAACUUGUGGGAUGGUUCGGAUGGGGCUGAGCUGAGGCCACCAGGCGGGUCGCGGGUUGCGGAUAGCGAACGGCCUCCCCCCGGGGAGGUUAGCUGCGAAUAAUACGAGAUUCCUCGUAAAUAAGCAGUCCCGGACAAACAGCGGGUGCGAUAUUGUCAAUCGUACCGACAAGGCGCUUGUGUUGCCGCCUUUUAAAGCAUAGCAUCACACAACCCCCUAUCUCCCCACAUUACUACCUACCCCCAUCCUAUUCCCACAUCUCACUCCGGGCCGGACUAAGGCGUUAUCUGUACCGUGCCGAGAGUCAGCUUGGCUGGGGGCCCGGGCUAAAAACUAGCCCAGUCUCUAACGGUGGGCUCAGGCAAAUGGCGACCGUCUGUUCUAAUUAGCCUUACCCGGGUAACGCGGAUCUCUGCCCGGGCGGACACAUAUUUCUCCGCAGCUCGUGGGAACACUAUGAAACGUUCAGUACACCUAAAAGUACCGCAGGAUCACCUUGCGGAGAAUGUCGCAAGACAUCUAGAGGAUCGAGCCCUAAACGGGGAAAUAUCCUCUCGUGUGGUAGACCAUCCUCCACACCGUGCUGCCCCAGCACUAAAUAGGAGAAUGCCGCAGGCACAGCAAACUCCGGCUUCGACGCGUGGGAGAGUGGUAGUUGGACCAUCCCGACCACCACGCCCAGCACCGAACGCUGCGAGACAAGGCACACAGCGCCCAAAAAAGAAGGAUGAGUUCCUGCCACCGAGGGGUCAACCCGGUGGGCUGGAUGAUCCGAACCGGCGGAACCUCUGCGGUUCGAGGGUCAAAUGGUACCUACGGUACCUCCAGCAAGGACUUACUCCUGAUGUAGCUCUGAAAAAGGCCACAGAGCCUAGGGAAGCAUCUACAGCACCAGCGCCAGCUCCCAAGAGACGCAGCAGCACUCUCACACCAUCGGUGGCCACCCCCAAGAGGGUGUGUCCGGUGGUCAAAGGCGCUACUCGCGGCUCAGUGGCGAUGAAGGUGGCAGAAGGCUUGGACCUCCGACCGAGCACAUCGCGUGCAGCUGCCAUGAAGCCCAGCUCACCAACAUCCACCGAACCUCGAUUGUCAUAUGCAGAUAUGGCAAAAAAGUUAAAGGUGGCCGUGUUGCCCGUGGAAUUCCCAUAUGUCAUGCUCAGCCACGGAGACUUGUCUGUGUUGGAAGAGACCAUCAUAGACGAAGUCAUUGCGUCUGGAGGGGACAUUGCGGUCUCAUUCGCGAGCAUUCAUUUCCGGGUUGGUUUCCUGGUUAUUGAAUGCUCGGAUGAAGCCUCAGCUGAUUGGCUGAGAACCGUUGCGUCGCGGCUACAAUCAUGGAAGGGCGUGCCCCUUGAAUGCAAAGUGGGAGACGAUAUACCGUCGCCCCACUGUAUCACGCUAUUCUGCCCAAGAAGUGUGGAUCGGACUACCGAAUCCCUGUUGGUUCUGCUGCAGAACCAGAACGGGAUCAAGACCGACACAUGGAAGGUAAUAUCCAGGAGGAACGAAGGUGGAGGAGCCCUCCUGGUUAUUGGGAUAGACGAGCUAUCCAAGAAUAUAAUUGUAGAGAAGGGGCACCAGAUCUUCUUCCGCUACGGGACCAUCCCCGUAAGCAGACUAAUAAGGAGGGUCGGAGCAAAGCCACAGCCUGCUCCAAUGGGCAAGGAGAUCGUCAAAGUGGAUAUUCUCACCACAUCAGACACUCUUGUCACAGAGCAGAGCAGUCACCCUGCGCAGCCCGCCGACUUGUCGGACGGCCUCGUAGAGGACGAGGAGUUGGCGGAAGUGCCGCUCGGCCAAGAAGAGAUACUGGGGGACGUGGACAACUUUAUGUCCUCACAGGAGCUGGCGGAGCAGCUGCAAGAUGCAGCAGUCACUGACGUCGAUAUGACGAGCAGCGGUGACGGGGGCAACUCUAGGCCCCAGUCACCGUGACAGCUGGAGCCUCCCCAGAAGUAGAUGUCAAAGGGCAUCAACACAGGGCUAGCUCAGGUAAACAUCCACCGAGCUAAGGCAGCCUCGGCGGUCUUAGCAAGGAUGUUUACCAACAAACACCUUGGGCUAGCCCUGGUACAGGAGCCAUGGGUCAACAAUGGCAUUAAAGGCCUGUGCACGGCCGACUCGAAGUGGUGCUGAGCAAAGGCAGCGCGGUCUCUACGGCUAUUGUGUCUGCGUACUUCGCAGGUGAUGAAGCAUGCCCACCACCAAUUAUAGAGAAACCGGUGGAUUACUGCAGGAGAGAGAGAGGAUCUCAGUACUCAUCGGAUGCGAUGCCAAUGCGCACCACACGAUAUGCGGCAACAUCGACGUCAAUUUAAGGGGUGUGGAAUCAAAAAAUGGAAAUUCUGGCUAUUGAUGCCACACAUCCUGGCUCCUUCAACAAUAUCUUUGUGUGGCACUAUAGCGAGGCAAGGGAAUAUCUAAUGCGUCACAUUGAUUGCCAUUAUAUUUUGGCUGAUUCGGCUUAUGUAUUAUGUUAAAUCAGCAGAGCAAGGACCCAAGGAGCAAAAAUUCAAUCAGAAACAUGCCGUUUUGAUUGUAUGCAACGCGUCUUUAAUUAUGAUCCUAAGUUUGUGAUGAAUAUUGUCAAUUUUUGUUGUGCUCUGCACAAUAUUUGCUGCAGGCGAAACACAGCGCUGGUUGGGGUAGAGAAGCAGUAAGCAGCAAGUAAACGGGAAGAAUGCGACACAGAAUUCGAGGAUGAUGAAACGGCUACUUUGCGAAGAGAUGAAAUUGCUGCCGCAAUUAACUAAUAGUGUUAAUAUAUUUAUAUAUUAAUUGUAUGUAUUAAUAUAUAUGUAGAUAUAUAAUUUCAAUCAAAACUGAACAAAUAUUUCAUUUGGUUAAGAAGUAAACUCUACUUUCGCACUUAAAA